AUGUUACCAACCAUGACGAAUUCGUGUCAAGCUCAACGUUCUUCGAAUCUUCGAGCAGCGACAGCUGUCGUGACAGUGUGCAUGCUGUGUAUAGUGAGGCCUGCAAAAUCUGAUGCCCCGGUCGUUGCCACAGAUUCCGGACUCGUGUCUGGGGUUCGAGUCACAGCCGGCGACAAGCAGGUUGAAGCGUUUCUUGGAAUACCAUACGCUCAAGCGCCCGUCGGGGAUCUUCGCUUUAGAAAGCCUGUGCCGAUAGCGCCUUGGAAAGGGACAUACAAUGCCUCAAGUAAGCCCAAACCUUGCUGGCAGCUGAAGCUUCGCUUCGUAGCGAAUGAAACUAUUGACUACUCAAACGCGUCUGAAGACUGCCUGUACUUGAACGUGUGGAGACCCUCUUGCGCGAGCACUAAUUCCUGCGAGAAGAAAAAAUCCGUCAUCGUUUUUAUUCACGGAGGAGCAUUUCAAUGGGGCGAUUCGUCACUCUUCAUUUAUGAUGCCGCCAACUUUGUUGCUUUGUCAGAUGUCGUCUACGUUACAUUCAAUUACCGACUCAGCAUACUCGGAUUUCUGUCAUCGGAUACCCCAGAGCUGCCAGGAAACAUGGGCCUCUGGGACCAAAACUUGGUACUGAGAUGGGUCAAGAAAAACAUUGGAAACUUCGGGGGUGACCCGAAUGAUAUUACGAUUGACGGCCAAAGCGCUGGAGGCAUCUCGGCGGGUCUGCACGCGAUUUCUCCGCACAGUCAAGGUCUGUUCAAAAGGGCAAUCAUGUCAAGUGGUACUCCCCUUUCCAUGAUUCUCGGAAUUUCGUACAGCGGACUCGGAAAAUUUACAGGUAUUGUCACAGCUCUAGGCUGCUAUGAUUCUGAAAAGAAUAUAAAGGAUCAGUUGCCAAACGUGAUGGAUUGCCUUAGAAAGCAAGGUGCAGAUCAGAUAUUCAACACUCUUGAAUCUGUAGACCCAGUUCAACAGAUAUUUUCUCCGGUGCAAGGAGACGAAUUUAUUCCCCGCGCCAUACUAUCAGAAAAUACAUACAAAAAGCUUCCAUUUAAAGAAAUUCUCCUCGGAACAAACUUGAACGAAGGAACACUUUUUUUCGAUAACCUGAGAUACACGUUUCCUGCGCUGCGAAACCUCUUGUCUGGUGACUAUCGUUUUGCCGUGACAGUUUCCCUGGGACCCGUUUUCGAUAUUUCACUCUCACAAGCCAGACGCAUUGUGGACUUCUACUAUGGAGACUAUGAUGUGCACCACGAUGUAAAAACCGUUGAAGCUAUAUUUAGCCAAAUAUUUGGUGAUGCUAUUUUUAACUGCCCUACCCAGCUCUUUGCUGACACGACAUCCAAGCAAGGAAUCAGCACCUAUCGAUACGUGUUCGCCCACAGACCGUCAUACAGCUUUUGGCCAGGGUGGAUGGGGGUAACUCACGGCGACGAAAUAAUGUUAACCGUUGGAUCUCUUCCAUUCAUUCUUGACAAGAGCAGAUAUACUGAACCACUAAGUGAGUCAAGCAGGAAGUACUUGGGACGCUUGAACUACACCGAAGAUGAAGAACGCUUCAUGAAGGAACUGGUCAGCGCAUGGACUGCCUUUGCCAAAACUGGGAAACCCGUGAUACCUGCUCCUGGCGUUGACUGGCCGUUGCAUACGGUGGACAACCCGAGGUUACUGCUCAUGCAGCCCAAUAACUAUACGAUCGCACCUGACCAGCUGCGAGAAGCGUGCAAAUUGUGGAUGCCACUGCUCUUCCGGAAAAUAUCAGAAAAUGUUCAACAUGCGGUCCCCCCCUCCUCACCAAAGACACAAGAAAGUCCGAAGUCGAAGCAGGUUCCCAGCAGUCACCUGGAAUCAGCGGCCUCCUCUGUACACUCUCUUCACGCGCUUGUAUUGCUAACUCAGUUCACUGUCUCUGUCGUUCGAAAAUUCUAUGGUUAAC